UUGCCCAGAGCUUUGUUCUGUUUUGAGUCUAAAGUUAGACACUUUGACAAUUUGCCAAACAUUGCGUGCUAACAACCGGACAUUCAAAUUUAAUUCAAAUACAAAUAAUGCGUAUCACAAUUACAUUCAAUACAUGGAUUGAAAGUGAAGUGCAGUUUUGAAGUUCCAACAAGUGGCACACUGGCACCAUAACUUGUUGACAAAGUGAAAACCUAGUGUUUAGUGAGAUUACACCAAGAGAUCGGUGCGUCCUUCCGUUGAGGUCAAAUAAAAUUGAAACUAAUGCCGGUGUCCAGUGAUCUCAGUUUUUGAGCAAUUCUUAAGGCGGCAACACAGUCAGUUAUCGCUAGUAGAAACACAUCUUUUCUCGCAAUGAAGAAGUUUGAUCUCGACGAUAUUCUCAUCUCGAUAGGAGGAUGGGGAAAAUUUCAAACUUUGUACUAUUCGGCAUUGUGUACCGCGAUUAUUUUCUCCGUUUUUCCGGCAAUGAAUUACAUUUUCAUCGCGAGGGACAUCAAAUACAGGUGUAACAUUGAUUCGUGUGAUAAAGAAAACGGUGAUUUCAAUCCAGAAUGGUUGAAAAAUGCCGUUCCUUUUGAACAAAAUAUUCCAAGUAAAUGUUCCUACUAUCAACCUGAAGAGAAUGACACUUGUACUAACUUCAUAAAAAAUGAGACUUUAACAUGUCAUGAUUUUAUUUACGAAAGACAAGAAACGACAAUUGUCCACGAUUUUAAUAUAAAAUGCGAUGAAAAUCUCUGGAAAUUAACAAUAAUAGGAACAAUCAAUGUGGUAGGAAAACUUGUGUGUUUACCACUUGCUGGAUUUUUCUCCGACCGAUUUGGUCGAAAAUCGAUGGUCAUAGUUAGCGUAUUUUUGAGCACAAUUGUGGGUCUCAUACGAUCAUUUUCAGUAAAUUAUUACAUGUACGUUGGGUUGGAGUUUUUGAAUACAGUGGUGGGUUCAGGAAUAUACAGUGGGGCCUUUAUCUUAGCUCUAGAAUUAGUCGACUCAAAACGUCGAAAUUUGGGCAACAGUAUUAUCUGUUUGGCAUUUACCGUGGGUCAUAUUUUGUUAGGGGCCGCAGCUUGGGUGUCCCCGACUUGGCAAUUUAUGACUCAAAUCAUGUACGGCCCUGGAAUUUUAGUAACAAUUAUUUUGUGGUUUGUCCCCGAAUCUGUGAGAUGGCUAAUCGCGCGAAACAAAAUCGAAAAAGCUGAAAACAUCCUGAAAUCAAUAGCGAAAAUGAACGACAAAGAAUUGACCGAAGAAACGAUUAAAACAAUUCCGUACCUUGAAGACAGCAAGAGUGACGGUGACGAAGCGAUUCCUUUGAUGGCAAUUCUGAAAAAGAAAAGUCUCCUUAUUCGAAUCAUCCAUUGUUCGUUCACUUGGAUCUGCUGCAAUUUCCCUUACUACGGUUUAACAAUUCAAUCAGUGGCUCUAUCUCAGGACAUUUAUGUAAAUUAUAUGUGCGUCUCUGUGGUUGAAAUUCCUGCUUACAUAUUAGCCUACGGAGCUUUGGAUCGAAUCGGGCGAAAGAAAACUCUCGCUCUGAGUCUUAUCCUCACAGGAGUGGCUUGCCUCAGUGUCGAUUUUAUCAAAUCAGGAAGUCCACUCGCACUCGUAGUCUUCCUCUCCGGAAAACUCUUCGUUACCGUGUCUUACAUGACUAUUUACAUUUACACGGCUGAAUUAUUCCCCACUAGCUCGAGACAUUCCGCGUUUGCUGUUUGUUCCAUGUUUGGAUGCGUUGGCUCAAUGCUGGCACCACAAGUGCCUUUAUUGGCGAAAGUCUAUAAGCCUCUACCGCUGAUGGUCUUCUCGGCUCUUGCCUUCACUGCCGGACUGUUGGCAUUCCUCUUUCCGGAGACGAAAGAUACGAAAAAUCCCGAAGAGAUAGAUAAAUCCUGAUUUUAGUAAAUUGUAGUUGAUUAUGUAAAUAGAUAAUUAAGAGUGUUUGCAACUCUUUUUGGUGCAAGUUUGUACGUCGUAAUUAGACUCAUUUUUGCGAGUGUUAGAAACGGCAAUGAAUUUUUCACGGUCAUCAUUCAAUACCCCUAUAAUAAUCACCUUGGAAAGAUCGCGCGAUUCCAGUUUUCGGCAUUCUAAUGUGUCUUGUUGUUUUUUAAUUAUUUCCGCUUUUUUAACAACAACGAAAAAAUUGAUGAUUUAUUUAUGUUUUGAUGACGACAAAUGUUAUUAAAACUUUCUAGAAUAAUGACAAAAAUUGAUUUAUUUGAUUUAACAAUUUGUUUGUGAUUCUUGCAAAUUUAUUCAAGGAGGAAGUUUGUACUUUCAUACAGUUAGUGCAUCUCAUUGUUUGACUUAACUGUUCCUUAUUUGUUUACUAUAAAAGGUCAAAUCGACCUCGGACUGCACCUCAAAUUGAUUUGUUAUUAAAAUUGUGUUUUAAUACAUUUAUAUUAUGUACGUAUGACUUAAUAAAAAAUAGUUUUCCAAACAAA